UGAGGCCAACCCUUGCUAACGUUAGCUCAUUGAAAACGUUUCUAACGUGUACUGAUGUGUUUCAGUUUUAAUAGAGAGUUGUUUUGCCGUGUCUCGGAUUAAUAUUUUAUCACUAAAAGAUGAGUUCAGUCCAGAAUCUGAGAGAGUUGAUCAACCAGCGACUAACUGCUGCUGCUGAAGAAAUAUUCACAGAGUUUGAGAAAACCAUCGUCCAGUACGAGGAGGAGAUCGAUCGUCAGCGCAGACUGCUGGAUAACAUCUGGAAACCUGAGAUAAAGUUACACACAACAGACCUUCUGCAGCAACAUGUCCAGGAGGAGAAUGUUCUUGCUGAGCAGAAUCUCUGCAACCAGCAGAGGAACUCCAAUGUGGACCAGGAUGAUCCAGAUUCUUCACAGAUGAAAGAGGAACAGGAGGAACUGUGCACCAGUGGGGAGGGAGAGCAUCUUGCACUGAUGCAAGAGGCUAACACACUGGUUCAGUGUAAAUCCAACUGUGUAGAAAUAUCCAGAGAAAUUUCUGGAGUGUCUGAUAAACCAGUCGGCCAGUUGGAUGAAGAGAUUGAUUAUCAGCCCAGGCUGCUGGAUCCCUUCUGGAAACCACGAAUAAUUUUACACAGAAUUGAUCACCCACAUCAAGAUGUCUGGAAAGAGAGGAACGGUCUUGCUCAUCAGCAGCUCCGUAACCAGGAGAAGAAGUUUCGUCUGGAGCAGGAGGACCCAGAGAUUCCACAGAUUAAAGAGGAAGUGACGGAAUUCUGCACCAGCCUGGACCAGAAAGACCCAGAACCGUCACAGAUUAAAGAGGAACCAGAGGAAGUCUGUACCAGUCAGCAGAAAGAGCAGAUUGUACUGAAUCAAGCUACUGAUACCUUUCUAUUGACUUCAGUUAAUAAGGACGGUGACCACAGUGAACUAGAACCAAACAGGGAUCAGCUCCUCUCUUACAAUUCACCAGUAGCUGAGAGCCCACAUCAGGAGGGAAGUAAGCAUGUAGACUCAGGGUCAACUAGAAAUGCAGCGCUGAAGCCAAACAAGAGUCAUAACAGAGAGAGCAGUCACAGUAACAAUGUAGACAAGUCUUCAUUGUCAGGAAGUCACUGUGAUACAGACACAGGUAGAAAGUCUUUCAAAUGUGAUGUUUGUGGAAAGACCUUUAAGAAUAAGUACCAAAUGAAGAAACAUCACCAAAUCCACAACAGUGCAAAACCAAGUGCUGACAAUGCAUGCAGAAAAAAAUGUAAUUUACGCACUGACCUGAAAGUCCAUAUGAUAAUUGACAAAGGUGACAAACGGUUUUCUUGUGAAACAUGUGGGAAACGUUUCAGCAAAAAUAGUCAUCUGAAAGUCCACAUGAGAGCUCACACAGGUGACAAGCCAUAUUCUUGUAAGACGUGUGGCAAAAGUUUCUUUCAGAAUACAACCUUGUUGUUCCACAUGACAACUCACAACAGUGAGAAAGCGUUUUGCUGUGACAGAUGUGGGAAAAAAUUCAACAGAAGUGAUGUUCUAUAUGUCCACAUGAAACACCACACAGGUGAGAAGCCAUAUUCUUGUAACACCUGUGGAAAAAGUUUCAGUCAAAGCAGCCAUCUGACUGUCCACAUGAGAACUCACACAGGUGAGAGGCCAUAUUCUUGUAAAACCUGUGGAAAAAGUUUCAGUAAAAAUGUUCAUCUGACUGUGCACAUGAGAACUCACACAGGUGAAAAGCCAUAUUCUUGUGAAACAUGUGGGAAAAGGUUCAGUGAACAUUGUACUCGGACUGAGCACAUGAGAACUCACACAGGUGAGAAGCCAUAUUCUUGUAAAGCCUGUGGUAAAAGUUUCAGUCACAGUAGUAGUCUGACUAGCCACAUGAGAACUCAUACAGGUGAGAGGCCAUAUUCUUGUGACAGAUGUGGGAAAAGGUUCAGUGAACGUUGUAAUCUGACUGAACACACGAGAACUCACACAGGUGAGAGGCCGUAUUCUUGUAAAACCUGCGGACAAAGUUUCAGUCACAAAAGAUGUCUGACUAGCCACAUGAGAACUCAUACAGGUGAAAAGCCAUAUUUUUGUGACAGAUGUGGGAAAAGGUUCAGUGAACAUAGUAAUCUGACUGUCCACAUGAGAACUCACACAGGUGAGAGGCCAUAUUCUUGUCAAGCCUGUGGUAAAAGUUUCAGUUACAGUAGUAAUGUGACUAAACACAUGAGAACUCACACAGGUGAGAAGCCAUAUUCUUGUAAAACCUGUGGAAAAAGUUUCCGUCACAACAGUCAUCUGACUAGACACAUGAGAACUCACAUAGGUGAGACGCUGUAUGGUUCCUGGACGAAAAUGAGUUCAGUCCAGAAUCUGAGAGAGUUGAUCAACGAGCGACUAACUGCUGCUGCUGAAGAAAUAUUCACAGAGUUUGAGAAAACCAUCGUCCAGUACGAGGAGGAGAUCGAUCGUCAGCGCAGACUGCUGGAUAACAUCUGGAAACCUGAGAUAAAGUUACACACAACAGACCAUCUGCAGCAACAUGUCCAGGAGGAGAAUGUUCUUGCUGAGCUGAAUCUCUGCAACCAGGAGAGGAACUCCAGUCUGGACCAGGAGGACCCAGAGCCUCCACAGAUGAAAGAGGAGCAGGAGGAACUGUGCAUCAGUCAGGAGGGAGAGCAGCUUGUACUGAUGCAAGAGGCUGUUAUCCUGGUUCAGUGCAACUCCAAAUGUGAAGAAAUAUCCAGAGAAAUAUUUGGAGUUUCUGAUGAACCACCCAGCCAGUUGGAUGAAGAGACUGAUUAUCAGCGCAGGCAGCUGAAUCCCAUCUGGAAACCACGGAUAAUGUUACACAGAAUUGACCACCCACAUCAAGAUGCCUGGAAAGAGGGAAAGGGUCUUGCUAAUCAGCAGCUCCGUAACCAGGAGAGCAAGUUUAGUCUGGACCAGAAAGACCCAGAGACUCCACAGAUUAAAGAGGAGCAGAAGGAAUUCUGCACCAGCCUGGACCAGAAAGACCCAGAACCUUCACAGAUUACAAAGGAACAGGAGGAACUCUGUACCACUCAGCAGAAAGAGCAGAUUGUACUGAAUCAAGCUACUGAUACCUUUCUGUUGACUUCAGCUGAUAAGGACGGUGACCACAGUGAACUAGAACCAAACAGUGACCAGCUCCUCUCUUAUAAUUCACCAGUAGCUGAGAGCCCACAUCAGGAGGGAAGUAAGCAUGUAGACUCAGGGUCAACUAGAAAUGCAGUGCUGAAGCCCAAGAGCAGUCAAAACAGAGAGAGCAGUCACAGUAACAAUGUAGACAAGUCUUCAUUGUCAGGAAGUCACUGUGAUACAGACACAGGUAGAAAGUCUUUAAAAUGUGAUGUUUGUGGAAAGACCUUUAAGAAUAAGUACCAAAUGAAGAAACAUCACCAAAUCCACAAAGGUGUAAAACCAAAUGCUUGCAGUGCAUGCGGAAAAAAAUUUAAUUUACAGUCUGACCUGAAAGGCCAUAUGAUAAUUCACAAAGGUGACAAACUGUAUUCUUGUAAAACAUGUGGAAAAGGUUUCAGUUGUAGUAGUCAUCUGACUUCCCACAUCAGAACUCACACAGGUGAGAAGCCAUUUUCUUGUGAAAGAUGUGGGAAAAGGUUCAAUGAGCGUGUUCACCUGACUGUCCACAUGAGAACUCACACAGGUGAGAGGCCAUAUUCUUGUGAAACCUGUGGAAAAAGUUUCAUUCAAAGCAGUCAUUUGACUGCCCACAUGAGAGCUCACACAGGUGAGAAGCCACAUUCUUGUAUAACCUGCGGAAAAAGUUUCAGUAGAAGAAAUAUUCUGACUGUGCACAUGAGAGCUCUUGGUCAUGGUUUGUUGUCCCACAUGAGAACACACACAGGUGAGAAGCCAUAUUCUUGUGAAAGAUGUGGGAAAAGUUUCAGUGAACGUGGUAAGCUGACUGCCCAUAUAAGAACACACACAAGUGAGAAGCUGUAGUCAUGGAACAUUGGUGGAAUCAAAGCUUGAAAAAAACAGGCAUUCAUUCACAUCAUUCAGGGUAAAAGUGGGUCUUGUAGGUUUAAGUACCUUUAGACCGCUUCAGCAAUGAUUCUGUGAGUUUAUUGCAUGGCAUACUGUGAGACAUGGAUCUUUUAAAAUCUGUUAAACUGUCCAGUGGAUACAGAGCGACUUUUACAGAAGCACAUUGCAUUUUGAAAAGAAGACAACUGGAGACAUUAUACUUUUGAAUAUAGUUAGAAAUUAAUAGUUAAUUUUAUGCUAGAGCUAAAUGGAAAGGUAUGAUGUUGGUUUAAAUUAAUGUAGUGAACACGAGUUUACACAUGAAUGUACACUACCGUUCAAAAGUGUGGGGUCUCUUAGAAAUGUCUUUAUGUUUUGAAAGAAAAUCAGUUUUGUCAAUAAAGCAUUAUUUUAAUCAGAAAUACAAUCUAGACAUUGUUUAUCUGGUAAAUGCCUUUCUAGCUGGAAACUGCAGAUUUUUUUAAUGAAAUAUCUCCAUAGGGGUACAGAGGAACAUUUCCAACAGCCACUAUUCCUGUGUUCUAAUGUUACAUUGUGUUAGCUAAUAGUGUUGAAAGGCUAAUUGAUGAUUAGAAAGACCUUUUGUCAUUAUGUUAGCAUAUGAAUAAAUAUGUAAGUUUUCAUGGAAAACAUGAAAUUGUCUGUGUGAUUCCGAACUUUUGAACAGUAUCGUAAGUUUUGAUUUAAUUAUUUUGAUAAUUCUCAUGUUAAGUUCAUGUGGAUGUAAAUUGGAUGCAAUCCAGUUCCACUUCAGUCUAUAUUUCUCUGAUGGGUCUUUAUAGAAAAUAUAAUUAAACCAGUUUCCAAUGUAGUAACAUCUGGAAGUAACAGACCUGACUGGUUUCAUAUCAGAUAAUGCUUCAGCUUUCUAUAAGACACAGAGACAGUUUGUAGUUUCCUUUGCUUGUUUUUUGAAUUCUGUUGUCACUGACAAAUGUUGCUGUUUUUAAAUGAAACCAUAAACUGUUUGAAGCAAA